UUAACAUUACCCUCUUGAUGCUUCAUAGGAAAGAUGCAAAAGCCAUUAACGGAGUUACUAAAGGAGUAUGAUCUACCCAUUGGAAUGUUUCCUCGUGAUGCAACAAACUACGAAUUCAAUGAAGAAACUGGGAAACUUGUUGUUUACAUUCCUCAAGUGUGCGAAGUCGGCUACCGAGAUUCAUCAGUGUUGCGGUUCUCCACUAUUGUGAGUGGUUAUUUGGAGAAAGGAAAGCUAGCAGAAAUAGAGGGAAUAAAGACUAAGGUGCUGAUCUGGGUAAAAGUAACCACCAUUUCAUCUGAGGGACCAAAGCUCCACUUCAUGGCCGGCAUGAAGAAGACAAGGAAAAGGGAAGCAUAUGAGGUUACUAGAGAUGGUAUAAAUGUAGAUAAGUUCUAAUAUAUUUACAACAAGUUACUCUUGUUCAGUAGUUUUACGGUUACUAAAAUAAGUUAUCUGUUCUUGUGGAUCAUUUUAUUCUAUUAGAUAUGAAUGUAGUGAGUGAAUUGGAAUUUGGAAUUUAGUGGAACCUCUUUGUUCCUGCUGGAUGUGAAGUGGUUUCAGUUUUUACUUUUUGGGUUCAUAUGUGCUAGUGAACACCAAUGUGGGUGUUUGGAUAACCAUUU